AUGGCCGCUCCAGCACAAGACAAGACCGAGGUCACUCUGGUCAAGACGGCGAACGAAACGGCCGAUACGCAGACCUUCCGUGUCGGCACGCGGAGAUCGUUGCUGGCACGGGUGCAGGCCGAUGAGGUGGUCAAAUCGCUGAAAGCACAAUGGCCGCAUCACAACUUCGAGAUUCACGCCAUGAGCACGACCGGCGACAACAACCAAAAGACGGCCCUGCACAAAUUCAACGAAAAGGCGCUGUGGACACAAGAGUUGGAAGUCCUGCUAGACGAUGGAUCGCUGGACUUGAUCGUGCACAGUCUCAAGGAUAUGCCUACGCAAUUGCCCGUCGAGUUGGAUCUCACUUGUGUGACGAAGAGAGAAGACCCGCGAGACGCGCUGGUUCUGAAGCCCACGCUGGUGGGAAAGAUCAAGUCACUCAAAGACCUCCCUGAAGGAGCUGUAGUGGGCACUUCGAGUCUGCGGCGAACCGCUCAACUGAAGCGUCACUAUCCCCAGCUUAAGUUUCAGGAUGUGAGAGGCAACAUCGGUACACGUCUGAGCAAGUUGGACGACCCCAACUCAGACUACUCGGCGAUUUGCAUUGCUGUCGCUGGCUUGGACCGACUAGGUCUGUCCUCGCGCAUCAGCUCAUAUCUCUCCAAAGCAAAUGGUGGAAUGUUGCAUGCUGUAGGCCAGGGUGCCCUGGGUAUUGAGACGCGCAAAGACGACAAGCGGACUAUCGAGCUACUUUCCAAGAUUGGAUGUGAUCGCUCCACGCGCCAGGCUUUGGCAGAGCGCCAGCUUAUGCGCACAUUAGAAGGUGGAUGCUCAGUACCAAUCGGUGUGGAGACAGAAUGGGUUCCGAAGAAAAGCGAUGCCGGUGUUGGCGUCAAGCCUGCGGAGGACUACCAUCAUCUCUCAGGCACUGCAACAGAGAGCGCAAGCAAAGCUGAGGAGGUGGAACUCACGGACGAGCUGGUGAUGCGUGCUAUUGUUGUCAGUCUGGACGGCCAGGAAGCGGCCGAGAUUGAGACACGGCGUAUCGUUACAACCCACGCGCAAGCCAAUGAAAUGGGCUUCGAUGCUGCGAAGCUGCUAGUCGCACAAGGAGCUGACAAGAUUCUGGAGCAAGUUUCGUUGAACAGGGGCAUCAUCAAGGACCAAGGAGGUGCUUAG